CUAAUAUAUUUUGCAGUAUGUGGCAUGACACCCCUGAACACCAGGAUAGUUGGAGGUGAAGACGCACCACCUGGAAGUUGGCCCUGGCAGGUUAGUCUGCAGAUCUUUGGCGGCCAUGUUUGUGGUGGUUCCCUCAUCAACAAAGAGUGGGUAAUGACUGCUGCUCACUGCUUCUUCAGUGCAAGUCCCACCGAUUGGCAGGUCUCUCUUGGCCGUCAGAACCUUCAAGGCGAGAACCCCAAUGAAGUGACCAAGAGUGUUGACACAAUCAUAUUGCAUCCAAAUUAUGACAGUGUCACCAGUGACAAUGACAUUGCUCUGCUCAGACUUUCCACACCAGUCCAAUUCACAGACUACAUCAGGCCUGUGUGUCUGGCAGCGGGUGACAGUACAUUCAACAACGGUACUGAUAGCUGGGUCACUGGCUGGGGCGCAGUCCAGGAGGGAGUGUCAUUACCGUUCCCUGAAACUCUGCAAGAAGUGCAGGUGCCAGUUCUGGGAAAUCGACAGUGUAACUGCCUCAAUGGAGUGGGUACAGUCACAGACAACAUGAUUUGUGCUGGUGUUCUGGCAGGAGGCAAAGACUCGUGUCAGGGUGACUCAGGAGGUCCAAUGGUGAAUCAGCAGGGCUCCAUCUGGGUCCAGUCUGGAGUUGUGAGUUUUGGUUUUGGCUGUGCUCGGCCCAAUCUGCCGGGAGUCUACUCCAGGGUUUCCCGUUACCAGUCCUGGAUCGAGUCCCUCAUCAGCUCAGAUAAGCCCGGCUUUGUCCAGUUCACCUCUAAUGGGCUUGAUGCUGACAGCAGCUACACCUGUCCUGGCCUGCCACCUCCUGUUAUUACCCCUACUACUGCGGAACCAGAAGGAACCACCCCAGAUUCAGGAUCCACUGCCUCAAGUGCUGAGUUGUGUGGCAUGACACCCCUGAACACCAGGAUAGUUGGAGGUGAAGACGCACCACCUGGAAGUUGGCCCUGGCAGGUUAGUCUGCAGAUCUUUGGCGGCCAUGUUUGUGGUGGUUCCCUCAUCAACAAAGAGUGGGUAAUGACUGCUGCUCACUGCUUCUUCAGUGCAAGUCCCACCGAUUGGCAGGUCUCUCUUGGCCGUCAGAACCUUCAAGGCGAGAACCCCAAUGAAGUGACCAAGAGUGUUGACACAAUCAUAUUGCAUCCAAAUUAUGACAGUGUCACCAGUGACAAUGACAUUGCUCUGCUCAGACUUUCCACACCAGUCCAAUUCACAGACUACAUCAGGCCUGUGUGUCUGGCAGCGGGUGACAGUACAUUCAACAACGGUACUGAUAGCUGGGUCACUGGCUGGGGCGCAGUCCAGGAGGGAGUGUCAUUACCGUUCCCUGAAACUCUGCAAGAAGUGCAGGUGCCAGUUCUGGGAAAUCGACAGUGUAACUGCCUCAAUGGAGUGGGUACAGUCACAGACAACAUGAUUUGUGCUGGUGUUCUGGCAGGAGGCAAAGACUCGUGUCAGGGUGACUCAGGAGGUCCAAUGGUGAAUCAGCAGGGCUCCAUCUGGGUCCAGUCUGGAGUUGUGAGUUUUGGUUUUGGCUGUGCUCGGCCCAAUCUGCCGGGAGUCUACUCCAGGGUUUCCCGUUACCAGUCCUGGAUCGAGUCCCUCAUCAGCUCAGAUAAGCCCAGCUUUGUCCAGUUCACCUCUAAUGGGCUUGAUGCUGACAGCAGCUACACCUGUCCUGGCCUGCCACCUCCUGUUAUUACCCCUACUACUGCGGAACCAGAAGGAACCACCCCAGAUUCAGGAUCCACUGCCUCAAGUGCUGAGUUGUGUGGCAUGACACCCCUGAACACCAGGAUAGUUGGAGGUGAAGACGCACCACCUGGAAGUUGGCCCUGGCAGGUUAGUCUGCAGAUCUUUGGCGGCCAUGUUUGUGGUGGUUCCCUCAUCAACAAAGAGUGGGUAAUGACUGCUGCUCACUGCUUCUUCAGUGCAAGUCCCACCGAUUGGCAGGUCUCUCUUGGCCGUCAGAACCUUCAAGGCGAGAACCCCAAUGAAGUGACCAAGAGUGUUGACACAAUCAUAUUGCAUCCAAAUUAUGACAGUGUCACCAGUGACAAUGACAUUGCUCUGCUCAGACUUUCCACACCAGUCCAAUUCACAGACUACAUCAGGCCUGUGUGUCUGGCAGCGGGUGACAGUACAUUCAACAACGGUACUGAUAGCUGGGUCACUGGCUGGGGCGCAGUCCAGGAGGGAGUGUCAUUACCGUUCCCUGAAACUCUGCAAGAAGUGCAGGUGCCAGUUCUGGGAAAUCGACAGUGUAACUGCCUCAAUGGAGUGGGUACAGUCACAGACAACAUGAUUUGUGCUGGUGUUCUGGCAGGAGGCAAAGACUCGUGUCAGGGUGACUCAGGAGGUCCAAUGGUGAAUCAGCAGGGCUCCAUCUGGGUCCAGUCUGGAGUUGUGAGUUUUGGUUUUGGCUGUGCUCGGCCCAAUCUGCCGGGAGUCUACUCCAGGGUUUCCCGUUACCAGUCCUGGAUCGAGUCCCUCAUCAGCUCAGAUAAGCCCGGCUUUGUCCAGUUCACCUCUAAUGGGCUUGAUGCUGACAGCAGCUACACCUGUCCUGGCCUGCCACCUCCUGUUAUUACCCCUACUACUGCGGAACCAGAAGGAACCACCCCAGAUUCAGGAUCCACUGCCUCAAGUGCUGAGUUGUGUGGCAUGACACCCCUGAACACCAGGAUAGUUGGAGGUGAAGACGCACCACCUGGAAGUUGGCCCUGGCAGGUUAGUCUGCAGAUCUUUGGCGGCCAUGUUUGUGGUGGUUCCCUCAUCAACAAAGAGUGGGUAAUGACUGCUGCUCACUGCUUCUUCAGUGCAAGUCCCACCGAUUGGCAGGUCUCUCUUGGCCGUCAGAACCUUCAAGGCGAGAACCCCAAUGAAGUGACCAAGAGUGUUGACACAAUCAUAUUGCAUCCAAAUUAUGACAGUGUCACCAGUGACAAUGACAUUGCUCUGCUCAGACUUUCCACACCAGUCCAAUUCACAGACUACAUCAGGCCUGUGUGUCUGGCAGCGGGUGACAGUACAUUCAACAACGGUACUGAUAGCUGGGUCACUGGCUGGGGCGCAGUCCAGGAGGGAGUGUCAUUACCGUUCCCUGAAACUCUGCAAGAAGUGCAGGUGCCAGUUCUGGGAAAUCGACAGUGUAACUGCCUCAAUGGAGUGGGUACAGUCACAGACAACAUGAUUUGUGCUGGUGUUCUGGCAGGAGGCAAAGACUCGUGUCAGGGUGACUCAGGAGGUCCAAUGGUGAAUCAGCAGGGCUCCAUCUGGGUCCAGUCUGGAGUUGUGAGUUUUGGUUUUGGCUGUGCUCGGCCCAAUCUGCCGGGAGUCUACUCCAGGGUUUCCCGUUACCAGUCCUGGAUCGAGUCCCUCAUCAGCUCAGAUAAGCCCGGCUUUGUCCAGUUCACCUCUAAUGGGCUUGAUGCUGACAGCAGCUACACCUGUCCUGGCCUGCCACCUCCUGUUAUUACCCCUACUACUGCGGAACCAGAAGGAACCACCCCAGAUUCAGGAUCCACUGCCUCAAGUGCUGAGUUGUGUGGCAUGACACCCCUGAACACCAGGAUAGUUGGAGGUGAAGACGCACCACCUGGAAGUUGGCCCUGGCAGGUUAGUCUGCAGAUCUUUGGCGGCCAUGUUUGUGGUGGUUCCCUCAUCAACAAAGAGUGGGUAAUGACUGCUGCUCACUGCUUCUUCAGUGCAAGUCCCACCGAUUGGCAGGUCUCUCUUGGCCGUCAGAACCUUCAAGGCGAGAACCCCAAUGAAGUGACCAAGAGUGUUGACACAAUCAUAUUGCAUCCAAAUUAUGACAGUGUCACCAGUGACAAUGACAUUGCUCUGCUCAGACUUUCCACACCAGUCCAAUUCACAGACUACAUCAGGCCUGUGUGUCUGGCAGCGGGUGACAGUACAUUCAACAACGGUACUGAUAGCUGGGUCACUGGCUGGGGCGCAGUCCAGGAGGGAGUGUCAUUACCGUUCCCUGAAACUCUGCAAGAAGUGCAGGUGCCAGUUCUGGGAAAUCGACAGUGUAACUGCCUCAAUGGAGUGGGUACAGUCACAGACAACAUGAUUUGUGCUGGUGUUCUGGCAGGAGGCAAAGACUCGUGUCAGGGUGACUCAGGAGGUCCAAUGGUGAAUCAGCAGGGCUCCAUCUGGGUCCAGUCUGGAGUUGUGAGUUUUGGUUUUGGCUGUGCUCGGCCCAAUCUGCCGGGAGUCUACUCCAGGGUUUCCCGUUACCAGUCCUGGAUCGAGUCCCUCAUCAGCUCAGAUAAGCCCGGCUUUGUCCAGUUCACCUCUAAUGGGCUUGAUGCUGACAGCAGCUACACCUGUCCUGGCCUGCCACCUCCUGUUAUUACCCCUACUACUGCGGAACCAGAAGGAACCACCCCAGAUUCAGGAUCCACUGCCUCAAGUGCUGAGUUGUGUGGCAUGACACCCCUGAACACCAGGAUAGUUGGAGGUGAAGACGCACCACCUGGAAGUUGGCCCUGGCAGGUUAGUCUGCAGAUCUUUGGCGGCCAUGUUUGUGGUGGUUCCCUCAUCAACAAAGAGUGGGUAAUGACUGCUGCUCACUGCUUCUUCAGUGCAAGUCCCACCGAUUGGCAGGUCUCUCUUGGCCGUCAGAACCUUCAAGGCGAGAACCCCAAUGAAGUGACCAAGAGUGUUGACACAAUCAUAUUGCAUCCAAAUUAUGACAGUGUCACCAGUGACAAUGACAUUGCUCUGCUCAGACUUUCCACACCAGUCCAAUUCACAGACUACAUCAGGCCUGUGUGUCUGGCAGCGGGUGACAGUACAUUCAACAACGGUACUGAUAGCUGGGUCACUGGCUGGGGCGCAGUCCAGGAGGGAGUGUCAUUACCGUUCCCUGAAACUCUGCAAGAAGUGCAGGUGCCAGUUCUGGGAAAUCGACAGUGUAACUGCCUCAAUGGAGUGGGUACAGUCACAGACAACAUGAUUUGUGCUGGUGUUCUGGCAGGAGGCAAAGACUCGUGUCAGGGUGACUCAGGAGGUCCAAUGGUGAAUCAGCAGGGCUCCAUCUGGGUCCAGUCUGGAGUUGUGAGUUUUGGUUUUGGCUGUGCUCGGCCCAAUCUGCCGGGAGUCUACUCCAGGGUUUCCCGUUACCAGUCCUGGAUCGAGUCCCUCAUCAGCUCAGAUAAGCCCGGCUUUGUCCAGUUCACCUCUAAUGGGCUUGAUGCUGACAGCAGCUACACCUGUCCUGGCCUGCCACCUCCUGUUAUUACCCCUACUACUGCGGAACCAGAAGGAACCACCCCAGAUUCAGGAUCCACUGCCUCAAGUGCUGAGUUGUGUGGCAUGACACCCCUGAACACCAGGAUAGUUGGAGGUGAAGACGCACCACCUGGAAGUUGGCCCUGGCAGGUUAGUCUGCAGAUCUUUGGCGGCCAUGUUUGUGGUGGUUCCCUCAUCAACAAAGAGUGGGUAAUGACUGCUGCUCACUGCUUCUUCAGUGCAAGUCCCACCGAUUGGCAGGUCUCUCUUGGCCGUCAGAACCUUCAAGGCGAGAACCCCAAUGAAGUGACCAAGAGUGUUGACACAAUCAUAUUGCAUCCAAAUUAUGACAGUGUCACCAGUGACAAUGACAUUGCUCUGCUCAGACUUUCCACACCAGUCCAAUUCACAGACUACAUCAGGCCUGUGUGUCUGGCAGCGGGUGACAGUACAUUCAACAACGGUACUGAUAGCUGGGUCACUGGCUGGGGCGCAGUCCAGGAGGGAGUGUCAUUACCGUUCCCUGAAACUCUGCAAGAAGUGCAGGUGCCAGUUCUGGGAAAUCGACAGUGUAACUGCCUCAAUGGAGUGGGUACAGUCACAGACAACAUGAUUUGUGCUGGUGUUCUGGCAGGAGGCAAAGACUCGUGUCAGGGUGACUCAGGAGGUCCAAUGGUGAAUCAGCAGGGCUCCAUCUGGGUCCAGUCUGGAGUUGUGAGUUUUGGUUUUGGCUGUGCUCGGCCCAAUCUGCCGGGAGUCUACUCCAGGGUUUCCCGUUACCAGUCCUGGAUCGAGUCCCUCAUCAGCUCAGAUAAGCCCGGCUUUGUCCAGUUCACCUCUAAUGGGCUUGAUGCUGACAGCAGCUACACCUGUCCUGGCCUGCCACCACCUUCAACAACAAAACCAACAACAAAACCAACAACAAAACCAACAACAAAACCAACAACAAAACCAAGUAUAAUCACCAGUCCUGCAAGGUCAGUGUGUGGCAAAGCUCCCAUGAGUAGCCGUGCUGUAGGUGACAGUGGUGUUGUACCUGGGGGAACAUGGCCCUGGAUGGUUAGCCUCCACAGGAAUGGGGUGUACACUUGUGCGGGAACCCUCAUCGCUGACAAGUUUGUCCUCACGUCUGCCCAGUGUUUCUCGGGCUCCAACCCAGAUGUCAGUGAGUGGACUGUGUUUCUUGGCCACCAGCAUGUGAACGGGUCUGAAGAGUUCGAGAUGUCUCUUGGCGUUGUGAAAAUUACAGUGAGCAAAAUGACUAGUUCAAACAUAGCACUGCUGCAGCUUGGUAAUCCAGUAAACUACAAGGAUUAUAUCCAGCCUGUGUGUAUGGACAUUAACAACGCCAGAACCUUCCCCAUUGGAAGUCAAUGCUGGGUGCCAGGCUGGGGGAAAGGGAGCAAGAACAGGGCUGGCUCAGGUCUCCGAGACAUUGAAACUGAAGUGGCAAGAUGUGGAAAUGUUUCUGAUUUGGAGAACAUCUGCACUUAUACCAUGGAUCUUCAACAGGGGGAUCAGGGCGCCCCUCUACUAUGCAAGUCAGACUCUUCUUGGUUCCAGGUGGCUGUCGUGUCAAUGAGUGGAAGUAAAUCAGUACGUGCGGAUGUUCAGGUCUUCACAAAAACGUCUAGAUUUGGAUCCUUUUUAAAGGAGACGGUUGGUGACAUGCCAACUCCAUCAGCAACAGGAAAUGCACCAAGUUUCUCAAUUUCCUUAUUCGUCUCUUUCACCGUUCCUAUUGCCUCAAUGUUCCUUUUGUGAUAAUGUUAGGGUUACUGUCAGUGAGGAUGGAUGAAGUUGUUCAUUACUGCACUUAAAAGUCAUCUUGAGAGCUUUGAGCUCCUUUUUAAGGCUCUCAUUAUAUUCUUCUUCUUCUUAACUUUUUAUUUGUAAAGGGACCAUGUACAAUAUCAAACAUAAUUGUUACCAGAGUUAG